UGAAUCGUCUCUUUGCCCUUGACUGCCGUCAAUUGCCGUCAAUUGCAUGUUCCUUCACGAUUUCCAAAGAAGUUGUCAUUAAACAUACCAUAAGUUUUUAUUUUCAUGACAACAACAACAGCGAUGAUUACUAACGUUUUUUUUCCAAAAUCUACCCAGUUGGCCUGCUCGCUGGCCUUACUCUUGUCGACACUCUCAGCUGCUGUAGAUGGGGAAUGCAAUUAUUUUAGUAAGUCUUUUGGUUCUUCAGGGAAGAUUUUGGACGAGGGGAAGAUGGUUGACGACAAAGAUUGAUUCAUUCGAUCUUCCCUGCGCCUGCGCGUCGCCAUUAUCGAUCUAAUUUGUUCCUCUUGUCCUAACAUUUGUUGGUCUCUGUCCCUCUUGUACAACAAAACAGUCGAUCUCGUUUGUAACAGCACCGACUUUAGCACAAUUUGUGAACUUAUUUCCUUGUCAGACGCUACCAACGAGGCCAUCAACGAAGGAAACUGGACUAUCUUUGUACCAACCAACGCGGCCUUUGAGAAACUCAAUUCCGACCUGGUGGAUAAUGUCUUGAACUGCACAACGGCCCUUGAUGAUUUCCUGGGAUUCCACUCCGCAGCAAACGGCGAGUUGGUCAAAUACGCUGAUCUUGAAUGCGGAGGAGUCGUCGAAAUGGCCAAUGGCGAUGAGUCUCGAACCGUUUGUCAAGACGGAAAGAUCUUCCAAAAGGGUGGACUCAACGCGGAGGACAGUAUGCCCGAGAUCAUUUCUGCCGACAUCGAGACAUGCGAAGGAGUGCUUCAUGUUGUUGACAAGGUCCUGUUGCCACAAGCUGAGUUUUUGUCGGUAUUGGACGAAUGUGAGAGUGCUUUCGAGUCUCAAGCUGUCGAGGAACACAAGUCAGAAAGUUGCAAGACAAUCGGUAAGCAUUAACGCGAGCAGUGAUCUGAUGCGGUUUGAUUGCUUCUGCAUCCGGUAAAAUGCAGUAAUAGUUGCAACUUCCUGACGCAGYUUAGGGAACGGCUGAUCUAAAGCCUACUUUUGGGGUUAGAAUGAAUUUUAAUUUUGAUGCUUUUCUUCUGGCUGUUUCUCAUUGAUAGAUUCCAAACUAUCCGCUUGUUCUUUGCGUUACGUUUUUCCUACCUGCAGUCGACCUCAUUUGCGAGAAGAACGAAUUUAUGACCUUCUGCGACUUGAUUACAGACUUUGACCUGGCGGAAGCCCUUUCCAGAGGAACCUGGACAGUGUUUGCUCCUACUGACGACGCCUUCGACACAAUGGUGGAACACGUCGACCUGACCUCGGACGAGAUCGUUUCCGUGGUGAGGUAUCAUUUGCACGACGGAUCCCUUCUUUUCUUUGAAGACCUAGUGUGUCGAGAUUUGAUUCCGAUGGCCAACGGUAGAAGGAGCCGGACCAAAUGCCAGGAGGGCAUUGACUUCGAGGAUUCUUUCGUCAAGUACCAGCGAGGACCUGGGCAGGUGGGAGAUAUGCUGCCCGAGAUAACCACUAARAAUCUCGGGGCAUGUAAUGGAGUGGUCCAUGUAGUGAACCACGUCAUGAUUCCUCGUCUCGAUUGAAUUGAACGCAGGACACCARGAAAGUAAGUCAUCGCACGCGAUAGGGGGGAUCGACACACAGAAGGAUGAGUGAUUCGAAAUCGAAUGUAGAAUUCUACAUGAUA